AUGGGGUACAAAACUCUGUGCCUUGGAUUCUCUUGUAUUCUAUUUGCUUAUUGCAUUUAUUCACCUGUUCCAGAAAAUAUUGAAGAACCUUGGAAAGUGAGAUUCAUGGAUGCUCUCAUAAAAAUGACUUCACUUGUGGCCACAUUAUUUGAACACAUAGGUCUUAUGAAAUAUGAAGAAGUAUUUUCAACUGUAACAGCACUUCACCUUACAAAACCAGUUUCAGAUGAAAACAUUACAGUGAUUGACACAAACUUUAGUGACGUUCCUGUUCGUCUGUAUUUGCCAAAAAGGAAAUCUGAAAGACGGAGACCAGCUGUAAUUUUCAUUCAUGGUGGUGCCUUUGUCUUGGGAAGCUGCAAGAUGUCAGCUUAUGACGACCUGAACAGAUGGACAGCAAACAAGCUUGAUGCUGUUGUUGUGGGAGUAGACUACAGGCUUGCUCCUCAGUAUCAAUUCCCAGCUGCCCUUGAAGAUUGUGUUUUCGUGAUCAAGUUCUUUCUCCAGGAUAAAGUUCUUGUAGACUAUGGAGUGGAUCCCUCUCGCAUCUGUGUUAUGGGAGACAGUUCUGGGGGUACCUUGGUAGCAACAGUAACUCAACUGCUACAGAAUGAUCCAGAAUUCAAAGAUAGAAUUAAAGCACAAGCCUUGAUAUACCCUGGCCUGCAAUCACUUGAUACUUUUCUGCCAUCACAUCGAGAAUAUGAACAUGGUCCAAUUCUGUCCAGAGAGAUGACAAUUAAGUUGGCAAGGCUCUAUGUGUCUGAAGACAAAGCUCUGUUUCAGGCCAUACUGAGAAAUGAACACAUGCCUGAAGGAUCAAGACACCUGUUCAAGUUUGUUAACUGGAGUGACUUACUUCCUGAGAAGUAUAAAAAGAACCAUGUUUACACUGAGCCUGUUCUUGGAAAACUGAAUGAUUCCUACCCAGCACUUAUGGAUAGUAGAGCAUCACCUUUGCUAGUCAAUGACUCCCAGUUACAGAGUUUGCCAUUAACUUACAUCCUCACAUGUGAACAUGAUCUCAUUAGAGAUGAUAGUCUCAUUUACAUUACACGACUUAGAAAUGUUGGGGUUCGAGUUACUCAUGACCACAUAGAAGAAGGAAUCCAUGGAGCCCUAUCAUUUACCAGAGCUCCAGUGUUUUUACAUCUAGGCUUAAGAAUAAGAGAUAAGUAUAUUAGUUGGUUAGAGGAAACUCUAUGA